AUGCACUCGCACUUGCGCACGCACUCGCACUCGCGCUCGCACUCGCACUCGCACUCGCGCACGCACUCGCACUCGCACUCGCACUCGCGCACGCACUCGCAAUCGCACUCCCGCACGCAUUCGCUCACGCGCUCCCGCACGCACUCGCGCACGCACUCCCGCACGCACUCGCGCACGCGCUCCCGUACGCACUCGCGCACGCGCUCCCGCACGCAUUCGCGCACGCGUUCGCGCUCGCACUCGCACUCGCGCACGCACUCGCGCACGCACUCCCGCACGCAUUCGCGCACACGUUCGCGCAUGCACUCGCACUCGCGCACGCACUCGCGCACGCACUCCCGCACGCAUUCGCGCACGCGAUCGCGCAUGCACUCGCACUUGCGCACGCACUCGCACUCGCGCUCGCACUCGCACUCGCACUCGCGCACGCACUCGCACUCGCACUCGCACUCGCGCACGCACUCGCAAUCGCACUCCCGCACGCAUUCGCUCACGCGCUCCCGCACGCACUCGCGCACGCACUCCCGCACGCACUCGCGCACGCGCUCCCGUACGCACUCGCGCACGCGCUCCCGCACGCAUUCGCGCACGCGUUCGCGCUCGCACUCGCACUCGCGCACGCACUCGCGCACGCACUCCCGCACGCAUUCGCGCACACGUUCGCGCAUGCACUCGCACUCGCGC